UUUACCAGGGUAACUCUCUGUGAGCACAGAGCCCGGACAGCAAGGAGGAGGAAACAACCCCAUGGUAGCCGGACUAGAGGGAACAAAAUACCCUGAACUGGUGGAAAAAUCUCUGCCAAGAUGCCUUCCAGGAAGAAAACGACCAUGUUUGCAUCUUCUUUUUGUACCUGUGUUUCCUCCUUCGUGCUGAUUUGCGUGGUGCUGGCGACACAGCAGUGGGUGAGCAGCGAGGUUCGCUUCUCUCGCACCAACAGCAGCGUCACCAUCAGCCUCGACUAUGGACUCUUCAGGGGCACCUGUGAACAGUUUGUUGAAGCAGGACUUCAGGUGUCCAAAAAGACCUUCCAAGUUGCAGAUUCCCUGAGCAGCACCAAGGCAAAAAGCACCAACGUUGCCAUUAUUGUGGUUCUGGUUCUCAGUUUACUGACUUCCCUUCUGAGCUCUGGAUUUACCUGCACCAAUGCUGUCAGCAAUCCCUACCAGACAUUUCUGGGACCCAUUGGAGUCUACACCUGGAAUUCCAUAUGUGGAAUCCUCAUCCUCAUAGCCAUGAUCCUUUUCCCUGUGAACAUAGAAGCACACGGCCUGUCUGAAGAAUUGGCCCAUGGAUGUUCCACCUCUCUGCAGAGUCACAUCAAGUCUCAGCACAGUUAUGGAUAUUCCUACUGGAUCUUGCUGCUCAUCCUUUUCCUGAACAUUGCUUCCCUCAUCAUCAUAUAUUUCUAUGACCACGCAAGAUAUUCUAAGAAGAAAGAGCAGGAAAGGCCCAUUGAAAAUGCACCAAAAGAUGUCAUUCUGUUUUAAGGACACCACAGAAAAGAGGGUGCAGAAGGAAAAUGACUAUUUAAUGUGGACAAGUAAUUUCCAUUCAAACUGAACUGUGCGUUGCAGUUCAAUUGACAAAUUGGUUUGAAGGCACAGUGGUCUAUUUUGGUUUUAGCUGCCUUCUGCUUC